AUGACACCAAGGAAGAAGGGGAUGAUGACGUCGACUGAUGGUCCAACGGGUCUGUUGAGCCCCCUACCCGAUGUCAAUGCUGCCGUAAAAUGCAAGGAGAUUGCGGCAGUUGCGACACCUUCGACAUCGAGCCAAGUCUCGUUCCGAGAGAUGCAGCGAUUGCAUGCGAUGCGCAUGGAACUCUUUGGAUUCGGGGGAUGGUUGACAUCUGCCCUUUGCUACGUGCUGUUCCUAGUGUGGGCGUACGUACCAGAUACGACGUUAGAAGCUUACGGCUUCACCUACUUCCCGUCCAAACAUUGGGCGGUGGCCGUGCCAGCAAUGCUCGUCAUGACGUAUCUCUUCUCGCUCGUGCUUUAUAAAGCGGUCAACUUGCUGUCGACCCCGAGUCUUGGAUCGUAUGCCACGAUUCUUGAUACGCAUACGGUGCCGCUACCUGAAGGCGCCACGUGCUUUGAAGAUGACACGGAAGCUACUCCCGGUAUCGGGGAUAUCUCCAUCUUUGAAGUCAACCGCCACUUGUUUACAGCGACGCGGCAGCAAGAGAAGCGACUGAAGCACGAGUAG